AUUCAAAACAACUACGUACAACAUGCCGCCUUCCUCUUGAUAAUUUCUGGGCUCUUUUGUAGGUUUUCCGCUAAAGUUGGUUUAACAACAGCAGGGUAUAAUUCGUGUUUGGGGCUGAUAACACGGGUCUGAACGUACUUUACCCCGCAGGUCGAGUUAGGUUCCGGCUCUGAGGCGGAGUUGUCGGGGACAGUUUAUCGAGAAGCUCCGCUUCCGGAGCCCGCAGCCAACGUCGCUUCGUCCUGGUGAAAGGAGGCAAAUGGUCUGCAGGAAUGUGUGAUCCGGAACAGGAGGACCUGUAUGCUGUCCUCGGAGCCAGCCCCUCCGACUCCCCGCAGCAGCUCAGACACAGAUACCAGCAGCUGGCUCUGAAGUACCAUCCAGACCGUCUUGGAGAUGAACAUUGGUCAGAGUCUGGUGUGAAGAAGUUUCUUGAAAUUGAUGCAGCCUGGAAGAUUCUUGGUGACCAGACUACAAGAAGACAAUAUGACAUGCAAAGGAGAGCACAGGAACUGAAACAGAACUGGGCAGUAGAUUCUACAGUCUACCUGGAGGACAUGCCAUGGGACCCAGGUAAUGAUAAAUUAGCAGAUGACUGUGAAUACACAUACUACUGCCGCUGUGGAGGGAGAUUCAGCGUCUCGAAGGAGGUGGUGGAGGAAGAGACGCAGAGGAUGCUGGAAGUUCAUAAUGAGGACGAAAUGCACACAAGACAGCACAGUGGCAUGCUGGUUUGCUGUAACACCUGCUCGCUCACUAUUUUUGUCACUUGGUCAUUAAAUAAUAAGAUGCAAAUGUCAAAAUAAAUGUUUAAAUAUUUAAAAACA